UUGAUUUUCUCAUUCGGUAGCAGCCACAGUUUCACCAACUUUUCCACCAAACCCCUCCCUCUUUUGUUCUUCUCACACACAACUUACCAAUAAUCCAUUCUGCUGCGUUUUGUUUCUUUCUUCUUCGUAAUCCUCAUUCACAUUCAGUUACAUACUUUCCAAAUUUAUCCGAUAUGGCCAACACAUUCUUACACAACAACACCACGUGUACAAUCUCUUUCCCUGAUAAAUCUCUCCCCGCUAUUUCCGUUUCUCGCCACAGAUCUCUCUCUUUCUCCUCAAACCUUUCCACUUUUCCCAAAAUGAGCACUGCGGUAGAGCAGAACAGAAGAGAAACAAUAAUUGUCAAGUCAAAAUCCGAUUCUGAAUUGGAAGUUGAUAUUUCAUUGAGUCCACGUGUCAAUGCUGUUAAGCCUUCAAGAACUGUCGCUAUUACUGAUCAAGCCACCGCUCUCGUUCAAGCUGGCGUUCCUGUUAUUCGCUUGGCUGCCGGUGAACCUGAUUUUGAUACACCCGCGGUUAUAGCCGAGGCUGGGGUUAAUGCAAUUUGUGAAGGACACACAAGGUAUACCCCUAAUGCUGGAACGCUAGAAAUACGGCAAGCAAUUUGUCAUAAGCUUAAAGAGGAGAAUGGACUUGAUUAUACUCCUGAUCAGAUUGUUGUUACUAAUGGAGCUAAGCAGAGUAUUACUCAGGCAGUGAUUGCAGUUUGCUCACCAGGUGAUGAGGUCAUAAUUCCAGCUCCAUUUUGGGUUAGUUACCCAGAAAUGGCAAGGUUGGCCGAUGCAACACCUGUGAUUCUUCCAACGUCAAUAUCCAAUAAUUUCCUUUUAGAUCCCAAACUCCUCGAGUCCAAAAUUACUGAAAAGUCAAGACUACUUAUUCUUUGUUCACCAUCUAACCCGACAGGAUCUGUCUAUCCUAAGUAUUUACUUGAAGAGAUAGCCAAGAUUGUAGCAAAGCACCCGAGGCUUCUGGUUAUCUCUGAUGAAAUUUAUGAACACAUAAUUUAUGCCCCAGCAACACAUACAAGCUUUGCAUCUUUACCUAGAAUGUGGAAUAGAACUCUAACCGUGAACGGAUUUUCUAAGGCCUUUGCAAUGACGGGUUGGCGGCUUGGAUAUAUUGCUGGCCCGAAGCAUUUUAUUGCAGCAGUCGGAAAGAUCCAAAGUCAGUUCACUUCAGGGCCUAGUAGUAUAUCCCAGAAAGCCGGAGUUGCCGCAUUAGGACUAGGCUAUGCUGGUGGGGAGGCUGUUUCUACCAUGGUGAAAGCAUUUAGAGAACGAAGGGAUUACUUGGUUAAAAGUUUUAGCGAAAUUGAUGGUGUUAAAAUAUCUGAACCACAGGGCGCAUUUUAUUUAUUCAUUGAUUUCAGCUCCUAUUAUGGAAAAGAAGCUGAGGGAUUUGGUAAAAUUGAGAAUUCCGAGUCUCUCUGUCGAUAUCUGUUGGAUAAAGGCCAGGUAGCACUUGUUCCAGGGAGUGCAUUUGGUGACGAUACUUGCAUCCGUAUCUCUUAUGCGGCAUCCCUUCCCACCCUACAAGCAGCUGUAGAGAAUAUUAAGAAAGCACUCAUCCCUCUUACCUCUGCUGCACUUGUUUAAUAUGUUGUUGAGUUUGUUUGCUGUCAUGUGUGUAUUUUAUUUUUGGGUUUGUUAUGUGUAAUAUGUUUACGUUUAUGGUGAAAAUAAUAGGUUGUGUCUAUUUUCACAAAUAAAGCAAUGCAACUGUCAUUAAUAACUUAAGAUCACAAAGUUAGCCAUUUUUCCCCCUCC